UCAUGUCAUGCAUGUCAAUUUUUUAUUGUCUCGAGAAAUGGAACGAUCAUGGAUGUUUUCAAUUUUUAUUUAAUUAAAUAACUAUGUCUUCGUCAGUUCAAAAUAAUAGAGUGUCCCACCCAGGAUAUUGUGUUUGUUGCAGAAUGUGCAAUAAGUGGUGUUGGAGGGUCUUCAAAUGGUUUCCAGUAUUGUUGAUAGUGUCGAUCAUAAUUUGGUCAUAUUAUGCCUACGUUAUUCAGUUGUGUAUUUUUACAAUUGAAAAUACAGCCCAACAAUGUGUUUAUUUGGUGCUCUAUCACAUAUUGUUGAUAAUGUUUGCUUGGUCAUACUGGAGGACAAUAUUUGCUGAUAUAAAGCCUAUUCCAGAUAAGUACAAGUUGCCAGAAGUAGAACUGGAGAAGUUAUUAAGCGCAGAGUCUGAGGAUGCACAGAGGACCAUUCUAGAGAACUUUGCCAAAGAUCUCCCAAUAGUAACAAGGACGAUGUCCGGCUCGGUCCGCUACUGCAACCGCUGCGUGCUGGUGAAGCCCGACCGCGCACACCACUGCAGCAUCUGCUCCCGCUGCGUCCUCAAGAUGGACCACCACUGCCCGUGGGUCAACAACUGCGUCUGCUACCACAACUACAAGUUCUUCAUGCUGUUCCUUGGCUACGCUUUAGUCUACUGCAUCUUCAUCAUGGGCACCUGUUUGCCAUAUUUUAUCAAGUUUUGGAAGGGUGAUUUCGGCGGCGCAGCAGCGACGGGCCGAUAUCACAUUGUGUUCGCAUUCUUCGUCUCGCUCAUGUUCGCCAUCUCGCUCGGCUCGUUGUUCGGCUACCAUUGCUAUCUCGUCAUGAACAAUAGAACAACUUUAGAGGCGUUCCGUGCCCCCAUGUUCCGGGGAGGCGCGGACAAGAACGGCUUCUCACUGGGAGCGUACAACAAUUUCAAGGAGGUGUUCGGCAAUAGCCCCAACUUGUGGAUGGUGCCAGUUUUCACAAGUUUCGGAGACGGCAUCGUGUAUCCGCUGCCGCAGCCAGACGAGGACACCGAGUCGUUGCUUAGUUCCGAGCGAUGGGAGCGGUGGGGCGAGCGAGCGAGGCCCUUCGAUGAGAGGGAAAGUUCCUCCUUUGACGAACUAUGAGUGUAAAUCCGGCCAUCUUACUUUGUGCAGGUUUAGAUCAAGGUUGCUUUAUAAGCAUGUACCAUUGGUGGAUUUCAAAAAAUCACUAAUCACGUUACGUAUAGAACUAAUGGUGCGCUGUGAUUGGUCGGCUUCAUGCAUCUUCGCCUCUAUUGGGG